AUGGCUGCACGUGCUAAGAAAGUCAGAAUCGUCGGUAAAUACAGAACCCACUAUGAUGCCUCCCUCAGGAAAAUGGUGAAGAAAAUUGAAAUAAGCCAGCAUGCCAAAUACACUUGCCCCUUUUGCAGCAAAACCAAGAUGCAGAGACAAGCUGUGGGGAUCUGGCACUGCAGUUCCUACAUGAACACAGUAGUUGGAGGUGCCUGGCCCUGUACCACCAUUCCUGCUGCCCCAGUAAAGUCGCCCAUCAGAAGGCUGAAGGAAUUGAGAGACAAGCAGAGGAAGGCAGAGGGGAAGCAGCAGGAGAAACAGAUUGGUGAUGCCAGACUGGAGGCUGCUGUGUAUGGGAACAAAGUCCUUCAGGAGUUGGGAAGGGGGAAGCUGAGGCACAGUGCAGCGGGAACAGACAGGCAUCAAAUCCAGCAGAACCUUGAAACCAACACCAAGCCUGCUUCCAAGAGCAAGCUGCUUAUGUCUGAUGACUCAUUCCCCAGGACAAGGCCAGCUCCUAGCCAGCGGCCACUAAGGAUGCUGCGGCAGGGCACUGCUCCACAUUGCUAG